ACACCUCCCAAAAGAAAAACAAGAAAAGAAAUAAAUUUAAUAUCCACUUGAAACCAAUAUUUAAUUUCAAGCUGGUUAGUCCUUAGCUUUUCCCGUAAUUCCUUUUGUUAUGCAGCAUCAUGAGCUUAUAUAUUAAGUACAGUGAUCACUGAAUAGUAGAAAGCGAUAACUCAAAUAAAAUCCCUCCAAGAGUUAGCUGCUUGGUACACUUACAGCUUGCUUAUAACACCAUGGAAGACUUUUCCAAUAAUAAGAGUAUCGAAGAUUCUGGGGACUUUGGUCCGAUUCCGACAGCUAAGAAAGGCGGUUGGAUCACCUUGCCAUUCAUUUUAGGUAACUGCCUCUUGUUGUUGUUGGUUUUUUUUUCCCUUGCCUUUUAUUCUUAAAACUGAAAAUUAAUGUAAACAGCAACCGUGGCUGGGUUAUCAAUGGCGUAUGGAGGCCUGGUUUCAAAUCUUGAAGUGUAUCUGAUUCAAGAAUUCAAUAUUGAGAGAAUCAGUGCCGCUAAAAUUUACAAUGCAACCAACGCCAUUAUUUCUAUUUUACCGGUUGCAGCUGCCAUUUUAGCUGACUCAUUUUUGGGAUGUUAUUCUGUCAUCUGGAUUUCUUCCCUCAUUACAUCACUGGGUUUGUUGCUGUUAAUUUUAACAGCAGCCUUAAGUAAACUAAGACCUCCUCCAUGUGAAAGUGGAUCAUCAGACCCCUGCAAAACCCCAACAUUAAUCCAACAUACGGCUCUUUAUCUUGGCUUAGGACUAGUAUCUGUUGGACUGGCUGGAACACGAUUCACCGUAGGAUCAAUUGGCGCGUACCAAUUUGAUAAAUCAAAGCAACAAGGAGUUUUCUUCAACUGGUUCACAUUUGUCAUUUACAUUUCUUAUGUCAUGAGCUCCACAGCUAUUGUUUAUGUUGAAAGUUAUGUGAGUUGGGCGUGGGGAUUUGGGAUUUGUUUUGCGACAAAUACACUUGCAUUAAUGCUUUUUCUGGCCGGAACUAGUUUCUAUCGACAGAUGAAACCUCACGGUAGCCCUUUCGCGAGCUUGGCUCGUGUUGUUGUUGCAGCUGUCAGAAAAAGUGGUGUCACACAUUCACAUAACCCGGAUGAUUACUGCCAAGGUCAUGACUAUGGGACUCCUGCUUUGCCUACGAAAUUCUUAUGGUGUUUAAAUGGUGCAGCAUUUAGAACUGAAUGGGAUAUUGGACAACAGGGGAAGAUGACAAAAUCAUGGAAACUUUGUACAGUGACAGAAGUAGAAGACUUCAAAUGCCUAAUCAAACUGGUUCCACUAUGGAUAAGUUCAUUGAUUGUCUCCACUCCACUAGUCAUCCAACUUAGUAUGGUAAAUCUCCAGGCUUUAUCGAUGGACCGUCACCUUGGACAGAAACUCGAGAUUCCGGCUGGAACAAUGCCGAUCUUCAUUUUCAUGUCGACUUGCAUCACCAUCUUCUUUGUUGAUAGACUUUUACUCAAAAUGUGGAAUAAGAUUACCUGCAAGCCCAUCUCUCCCCUCCAACGUGUAGGAAUAGGUCACGUGCUCAAUGUCGUAAGCAUGGCGGUUUUAGCGCUAGUGGAGGCGAAGAGGCUGAAGAUGGCUCGAUUGCAUAAUUUACAGGGCCAAGACAUUAAUGCUGUGGUGCCAAUGUCAAUUUUCUGGUUGGUGCCAUCACUAGCUCUUGCCGGAAUUGGAGAAGGAUUUCAUUUUCCGGGACAAAUUUCAUUCUACUACAAAGAGUUUCCUAAACACUUGAAAAGCACUUCGACUGCGGUUUUUUCUUUAUGUAUUGGCAUUGGAUUUUACAUGGGAAAUGGCUUGAUUGACAUUGUUAGGGGUUCAACGGAUUGGUUGCCUGAAAACUUAAAUAAUGGGAGAUUGGACAAUGUGUACUGGCUCGUCACUGCACUAGGUGGCAUCAACUUUUGUUAUUUUCUGUUAUGUACUUCUUUGUACAAGUAAAAAAUUAAUAAUGAAAAUGUAGUAGUGGAGGAUAUCUCUGGAAAUUAGAACUUGACAAGAUGCGGUGAAUAGUCGUUACGUCAUCUUAAAAGCUUAACUUGAGGUUCUAUUGGCUUUUGUUAUUUUCAGGAGCCCGUACCUCAAAACCAAUUGUUCAUGUACAAGUCAAACAUUUUUUUCAUCUUUUCCAAGUC